AAUUAAUAAUAACAAUGUUACUAUUAUAAACAGUAGAAAGGAAUUUAAUUUACGAGAAAAGUACUAUGGUGAAUACAUAAAUAAUAAGAAUAUAAUGAAUUUUGCCGAUUUUGUUAGAGAAAAGCUAUAUCUUUAUUGUUCAGAAACCAUUUAUGACUUUUAUGAAAAAAUUGGAUUUAAUCAGUUACUUUAUCCUAAUAUACCUGAGCUUAUGCCCCCUCAAAACUCCAAUCAAAAUGAAGCAAUUAAAGCAUUAAACACUUUGUUCAGUGAAGGAGAUUGGAAAUUAUUAAAUCAUAUAAGAAUAACAAUUGAUGAUGAAAUUAUAACUACAAAUCGAAUUACUCGAGACACUGUAGACGAUUUUAAUUUUAAUAUGAAAAGAAAAUACUUUACACUGUUGAUAAGGUGCAGAUAUACAGAAGUAUUGAAAAACUACGACAUAUAUAUGACUGCUAUAAUUCAAACAUGCAGAAAUGAAAAGACCAUAAGUAAUCAUAACUUUGUACAUUGUACUCUUCAAUUUAUUGAAAUGGUUAAUGAUUCAAAAGACAUGUUUAAGUAUAUGUUGUUAGCUUUAGAUAAAUUACAAGCUUCAUAUAUUUGGGAAGUGAUGUAUAAUUCAUAUGCAUGUUUAACGCAAACCUAUAAUUUCUUGAAUAAAUUUUUCUCUAAAAUUGAAAAUCUUAAUUUUAGGAAAAAUGAUUUUAUUAAUUUAUCUUUUAAUGAACUAGAAAUGAAAGUAAUUAAAUUGUCAAAUGAUUUCCAAAAAGCUCAACAAAAUUUUACUAAAAGAAUUAAUGACGGACGAAAUUUAUUUAAUGAAUAUUGCUUGAUUGAUAGUGAAAUGUUAAACAAAAGUCAAUUAAUAAGUUCAUGGGAGAGUAUUGUUUCGUCAACUAAUAAUAACAACACACUCGAUCGUCCACUACAUUUGUAUGAAUAUGGUUUGGAAGACUUUAUGACGUUUUUUAAUAUUGCUAUUAGAAGUGAAUACAACUGUUUAGGUUUCGAUAAAAUAACUAUUAACAAUUGAAGAAAGUUUUAUAUUUAUCUUAUAUAUUAUAUUAAUGAUCUUGUUAAAAUUUAUAACUGUUUUUAUUAAGUUUAAUUUUUUUAUUAUAAAAUUUCUGUAGUAAUAUUUUAUUCUUAUUUUUAAUAAAAUUAUCAGGGCUACGAAAUUUGGCUGUUUAAAUUGUUCAU